GUGUGUGUGUUUGUGUGUGUGUGUCUUUGCUUGGCCUCCAAGAUCUAUGAAAAAUACCCCCUACCCUAUGGAGAACGCACAUCUGGUGUUUGUUCCUCACCCCGUUAUCGGCCACCUUAUAUCAACGGUGGAGGUAGCAAGACUUCUCCUCAACCGCGAUCAACGCUUCUCAAUUUCUUUCCUUAUCAUGAAGCUGUCUAGUUCUGAUUUCAAGAUUAACAAUUACAUUCAAUCAUUUACAGCCUCCAAUGCUUUACCCAGUCGCAUCCAAUUCAUUGAUCUGCCCAAAGACGAAGCCCAAAUAUCUGAUUUUACUUCUUUCAUUCAGAGACAAAAACCCCAUGUCAAAGAUGUUGUUUCUAAGAUCAUCCAGUCCAAGUCCGAUUCACCUCGACUCGCCGGGUUCGUUCUUGAUAUGUGUUGUGCGGAAAUGAUAGAUGUGGCCAAUGAAUUUGGCGUUCCGUCUUAUAUCUACUUCACUUCAAGUGCAGCUUUCCUUGGAUUCUCGCUUCACGUGCAGUCGAUUCAUGACGAACAGAAAGUUGAUCCUGCUGAGUUGAUGAACCCGGGAGCCGAGUUAGCAAUCUCGUGUUUGGCAAACCCAUUUCCUGCUAAGGCUAUGCCUUAUGCUCUGUUGCGCAAAGAGUGGCUUGAUUCCUGGCUUGACUAUGUAAGAAGGUUUAAGGAAGCCAAGGGUAUUAUGGUGAAUACGUUCCUUGAGCUGGAAUCAUAUGCGGUCGAGUCUUUUUCUUCUGAUGGUAAAACCCCUAAGGUGUACCCAGUGGGACCCAUUUUGAAUGUAGGGUCAGAUGAAGACAGCAACAAACAACAAGAAAUCAUGCAAUGGCUUGAUACUCAGCCUCCAACGUCAGUUGUGUUCCUGUGCUUUGGGAGCAUGGGAAGUUUUAAUGUGGAUCAAGUGAAAGAGAUUGCCUGUGCGGUGGAGCACAGUGGUCAUCGAUUCCUGUGGUCCCUACGUCGACCAUCAUCAAAUGUUGAUCUUUUUGAACCUCCAAGUGAUUAUGCAAAUCUCCAAGAGGUAUUACCCGAAGGAUUCUUAGAUCGAACGGUUGGAAUUGGAAGAGUAAUUGGAUGGGCUCAACAGGAGGCUAUCUUAGCCCAUCCAGCAGUAGGAGGAUUUGUUUCACAUUGCGGGUGGAAUUCUGUGUUGGAGAGCAUAUGGUAUGGUGUUCCAAUUGCCACGUGGCCUAUGUAUUCAGAGCAGCAAGUUAUUGCUUUUGAAAUGGUGAUCGAGUUACAAUUAGCUGUGGAAAUUAAAAUGGACUAUAGGAUGGGUAGUGAAGUAAUUGUGAGCAGUGAUGAAAUUGAGAGAGGGAUAAGGUGUGUGAUGGAGCAUGAUAGUGAAAGAAGAAAGAAAGUGAAGAAAAUGAGUGAAAAGUGUAGAAUGGCUCUAAAAGAUGGUGGAUCUUCAUUCAUUUCCUUAGGAUUUAUGAUAAAAGAUGUGAUGGACAACAUGGUAUAAGAUAUUUAUUUUCUUUUAGGAUAAAAAUAAGAUAUAUAUGUUUUUUUAUUUUAUUUUCUUUUCCUUUCUUUUUUAAUUUAUGUAUUAAGAAUUUUUUUUUGAAAAUAAAAAUUGUACCUUCAAAAGAAGGAUAGUGUAUUGGGCAUUAAAUUUGGUCUAAUCGCAUUAAAAUAUCCCAAAUUUUAUAA